AUGGGGAACGUCACCGCGGACGCCUCCCGCCCCAACUGCACCAUCGAGCACACCAUCCACCAGACGCUGGCCCCCGUGGUGUACGUCACCGUGCUGGUGGUGGGCUUCCCGGCCAACUGCCUGUCCCUGUACUUCGGCUACCUGCAGAUCCGGGCGCGGAACGAGCUGGGCGUGUACCUGUGCAACCUGACGGUGGCCGACCUCUUCUACAUCUGCUCGCUGCCCUUCUGGCUGCAGUACGUGCUGCAGCACGACAACUGGUCCUACGGCGACCUGUCCUGCCAGGUGUGCGGCAUCCUGCUCUACGAGAACAUCUACAUCAGCGUGGGCUUCCUCUGCUGCAUCUCCAUCGACCGCUACCUGGCCGUGGCCCACCCCUUCCGCUUCCACCAGUUCCGCACCCUCAAGGCCGCCGUGGGCGUGAGCGUGCUCAUCUGGGCCAAGGAGCUGCUGGCCAGCGUCUACUUCCUCCUGCACACCGAGCUGGUGGAGGACGCCGACCGGCACCGCGUCUGCUUCGAGCACUACCCGCUGCAGCCCUGGCAGCGCCACAUCAACUACUACCGCUUCCUCGUGGGCUUCCUGUUCCCGCUGUGCCUGCUGCUGGCCGCCUAUCGGGGCAUCCUGCGCGCCGUGCGCCGCAGCCACGGCACCCAGCAGAGCCGCAAGGACCAGAUCCAGCGGCUGGUGCUCAGCACCGUGGUCAUCUUCCUGGCCUGCUUCCUGCCCUACCACGUGCUGCUGCUCGUGCGCAGCGUCUGGGAGUCCAGCUGCCUCUUCGCCCAGCGCGUCUUCAACGCCUACCACUUCGCCCUGCUGCUCACCGCCUUCAACUGCGUGGCCGACCCCGUGCUCUACUGCUUCGUCAGCGAGACCACCCACCGCGACAUGGCCCGCCUGCGCGCCACCUGCCGCGCCAUCCUCGCCUGUGCCAGGACCGGCGGGCCCCGCGAGGCCUACCCGCUGGGCACCCCAGAGGCCUCCGGGGCCAAGAGCGAGGAGCCCGAGCUGCUCCGAAAGCUCCCAGGCCGAUGUCUGUGGCCCUUAACAGUCAGCGCUGAAGCACAAGUGUCAGGACAGAGGCCUUGA